UUUGUAAUAGAUACAUUUGAUUUAUUAUAAUCAGAAUUAUUGAAGAAAUCAAACACCAAUUAUAAAUAUUCAAAUCUUAAAUUUAUGUUUGGUAUGUCCAAAAAUUGCUUAGUUAUGGUGCUGACAGAGAAUGAUAUAAAACAAAAUAACAGUCGACUUAUCAAUGAUACAUUUUACUGCCCAGUUUUAGGUUGUAAGUACAACUUAAAUUUUGGGCAAUCUGUGAAAUCAUUUAAAACUCAAAAACUUCUUAAACAACAUUGUAUCAAAGUGCAUUCGGAUAAAAAAUAUAAGUGUGAUAACUGUGAAAAAGGCUUUCCUUUAGAAUCAACAUUAAAAUCACACCGAAUAACAUGUGGAGUUAUAUAUUCUUGUUAUUGCGGAAUUAAAUAUAAAUCUCCAGAAGCUUUCUUAACUCAUACAAAAAGAAAACAACACAAUAUUGGACUUGGAUACUCAACUAUUAUGAGGUUUUUGAAGACUAGAAAAUUAUUACCUAAUUCAGAAAAUGUGCAAGAGUUUGCAGAACUACAAGAUAUUGAAUCUAGUAAGAAAUCUGCCCAAACACAAACAAUUACUGAUGUUCAAAUUUUAUCAGACUCAUCUACCCAAACUACAUUUGAAAAUAAAGACUGUUUAUUACGACACAAUGAUCCUAAACUCUCUUCUGCUACAUCUAGUCCAAUAAGAAGAUUGUGUGCACAAACUCAAACUGAGCCUUUGGGUGACUGUAUUAAAAUUGAACCAGAUCCAAUGUUUUUAGAUUCUGAAACACAAACCAAUUUUGACUUUUUAGACAUUUAUACUCAGACUGCUGAAUCUGAAUGUUUAUUUGGUGAUUUAGAAUUUACCAAUAUUCAAACCCAAACUUACAGUAGUUCUUUGUUUAAUCAUCAUUCCAUUGACAUAAAAAAUGAUGAUUUAGUAGAUAUUAAAGAUAAUAUGAUUAUGAUUUGAUUAAAAUAAUAAAUACAAUUUUAUA